GGUAAGCACAGGGUGAUUUCCCACUACCGGAAACACACAAGACGUCGGGUAGAGAGGAAAUGUUCUGUUUACAAACUUUAAAACACACACAAAAAAUUACCCCCCUUGCUCUGAAGUAUUUAAGUAGACACAAAGCUCCAUCUGAGCGUUUAGAUUCAUGAGAGUGACAAACUAAGAGGAAGAGCAUGGAGACCUUGCUUGUUCUAUUUCCUCACUUCAACUUUUCAGCCCCAGAGAAGGAACCAUAUUUCAACAUGUUCAGCCCUGCAGAUGACAUUGCUCUGGUGCGGGAUCAUGGCAAUUCAAGAUUAAAAGACAAAAAUCGGAAGAGCAGAAUCAGUCUUCUUCUCGCCAAAUCCGGCUCUCACGAAAAUGUCAGCCCUGAGAAGAAGCCCACAGCAAAGGUUAACAGCAUCCCACUAGACACAGCAUUAACAUGGAGUGACUCCUUUGAAGAACUGCUAAACGAUGCAGACGGCGUUCAGACUUUUACACAGUUUCUUCGCACUGAGUUCAGUGAGGAGAACAUUGAGUUCUGGUUAGCCUGUGAGGACUUCAAGACUACUGAAACCAAUACCAAACUGCUAUCUAAAGCCAAGCAAAUCUACGCUGUGUUCGUAGAAAACGACUCUCCAAAGGAGAUUAACAUCGACCACUCAACUCGAGUCACCAUCCAGAAGGCCAUCGCCAAGCCCAGCCUCACGUGCUUCGACGUGGCCCAGGGGAAAAUCUACGCCCUCAUGAAGAAAGACUGCUACCCACGCUUCCUGAAAUCCGACAUCUACCUGAGCCUGACCAAGAGGAGAGCACCAGUUGCCAUGACGCGGAGGCGGUCCCGUUCCUUUGUUUUCAAUGAACGAGGUGAGCCCGCAUCCGGCUCAGAGUCCUGGCUAUAGCCAUGCAACUUGUUCCUUGGACACCUGUCAAUGUAAUUAAUGACAAUGUACCUAAAUACUAACAUGAUAAAUUAAUCUAAUUUUAAUAAUAUGUCUGGGUUGAUUAAUUGGGUUAUUUAAUUUUGCGGUUUUGCGGUCAUGUUCUUCUGUUACAUACUUGUAAAGUGUAUAUAUGAUUUGUUUGUAUUAAA